UUUGCUUCCCCCUGCAACGAGGUUUCCAAAAUCAGGAGCCACUGAUGUAGCCAAGCGGGUGCUGCCCCCCCUCCACUGUCGCAGAUUUGGUGGGGGGGGGGGGGCGGGCAGCACAGCAAUGUCCCCCCGGGAUGCAGGGGGGCUGGAAAACGCUGUCACGGGAUGUUGCAGAACCGCUUUACCUUUGUGGCCCCUCGCGCCGUUGGGGGAUGUCACUGAUGUCACCCACCCAGCCCCGAACCGGCCAACCCUACAGCCGAAAAACCCUUUGCAGGGUUGAGGGUGAUUGGGGAAAAAAGCAUCCAGGGGUUCAGAAACAUGCGAUAUGGCACCAAAACGUCACCCGAGGUGCCCUGCACCCCUCGUCUCGGCGGCUGACGGAAGCAGCUUGGCCUGCGCAACCUUUGCCUGUUUCCUUUCAGAUUUGCCCCGAUCGGCGCUGGAGGAAGGAAAGGGAGGAGGGUGAUGAUGCGGUGGCCGGUCCUUAUGGUGCCACCGUGGUCCCCACCACCCUGUUGACCCCCCUGGGGUCCCCGCCACCCAUUUCUUGCUCCAAACCUGCAGCGCAGCAGCACUCGGGGGUUAAACCUCCCCCUAUUUUGCUGAAGGGUGGCCAGGUUUAACGCUGGGAUGCUGGCUCAAGAGGCAGGAGGUGCUUUAAUCCUGGCCUAACACAGCAAAACGGGGAUGAUGGGCUGUGAGAAGCGAGGCUCCUCACUCCUUAAGUUAGGAGCUCUUUAUUUAACAAGAAUUCGGAGAAAAUAUGGAUUUUGGAUAUAAACAGGGUUGUUUCACCCAAGCGCGGGUGCUCUCGAAGCCACCGGGCGCUCUCUCCAGCUCAGCGGGUGGUUUUAGCGCACGCCGAGGUCUUGCAAAACCCGAGUGCAGGAGAGGUCAGGGCAGCGCUGGUCCGGGCGGAUUCGGCCGCCGCUGUCGUCAGCACGUGGCGAAGGAAACGCUGGUUGUGCCGCCGGCUUCCUCCUCGCAGACAAACCCUCCCUGCAGACCUGAACCGAAACCAGUUAAGAGGUGGACGGGGCUACUGGGAGGAUGCUUUGCCUGCAAGGACUUGAUUUUAUUACUUUAUUCUCUCGCCCGUCUCAAGGAUUUGAUGUAUGAGAGCGAUUCCACUCAGUCCCCAUCUGCCAUGUCCCCACUGUGUCUCAGACAGCAGCAGGCUGCUGGGGAGGCGGCGGCCGGGCUACGGGACGCUGCAGCCAGACGCUGAGAAAUCCCACAUGGAGGUGACGGGCUACCAGACCAAGCGGUGGCGGGUGGCCCUGUGCCACGCGGGCUCCGUGCUCACCGCCGGGCUGCUCCUCGUCCUCUUCCACUGGAAACCCAGCCUGGAGGUGCAGGCGAAGUGCAAACCCUGCGCCCUCGGCCAGGCCGACUGGGUCAUCAUCAGGGACCGAUUUGGACAGUGCUUCACCACCCGUGUGUGUGCAGAGCCGCUGGGUGAGGGCAGCCUGGAGCAUCACCCCGGGGCCAGGCUGGAGGACCGGAGGAGCAGCAUCGCCAUCGGCGUGUCGGAGGAGGAGGAGAGCAGGGACACCGUCCGGCUGCAGGAGAGGGAGGAGAAGAACAUCUUGCGGUAUUACCUCUUUGAGGGCAUGCGCUACGUCUGGAUGGAGCAGCGGCAGGCAUUCUGCAAAGUCAGUGUCUUGGAUGAAGGUUGGACCUGCGCAGAUCUCCACCUCUCCCAGGCUGGGCUUGACCAGCAAGACCACAAUACCAGAACGAAGAUCUACGGACCAAACCUCAUUGAGGUGCCAGUCAAGUCCUACGCCAGGCUCUUGGUGGAGGAGGUUCUCAACCCCUUCUACAUCUUCCAAGUGUUCAGCAUCGUGCUGUGGGUCUGCGAUGCCUAUUACUACUACGCCGCCUGCAUCUUCCUCAUCUCCACCAUCUCCUUAGGGCUGUCCCUCUACGAGACGAGGAAGCAAAGUGCCACCCUGCAAAACAUGGCCAAGAUGUCGGUUGGUGUCCGGGUCCGUCGUCCCGAAGGAGAGGAGACGGUCACCUCCGCAGAACUGGUGCCAGGCGACUGCAUCAGCCUCCCCACGGAUGGGACACUGGUCCCGUGUGACGCGGCGCUACUGACGGGCGAGUGCAUGGUCAACGAGAGCAUGCUGACGGGGGAGAGCGUGCCGGUGAUGAAAACCCCUCUCCCGGCGGGCAGCGGCGUCUAUUCCCCCGAGGAGCACCGGCGGCACACCUUGUUCUGCGGGACGCAGGUCAUCCAAGCCAAGUCGUACGUGGGCAGAGACGUGCUGGCUGUGGUGACCCGCACAGGGUUCUGCACUGCCAAAGGGGAUCUCAUCAGCUCCAUCCUCUACCCCAAACCCGUGAGCUUCAAGUUCUACAAGGAUGCUGUGAAGUUUGUCCUGUUCCUCGCCGUCCUGGCUUUUAUCGGCACGCUGUACAGCAUCCUCAUCUUGGUGAAAAACCAGGUCCCCGUGGGGCAAAUCAUCAUCCGCGCCCUCGACCUCAUCACUGUCAUCGUGCCCCCAGCUCUCCCAGCUGCGAUGACCGUGGGCACCAUCUACGCCCAGAACAGGCUGAAGAAACAAGGAAUCUUCUGCAUCAGCCCUCCUCGAAUCAACCUCUGCGGGAAGAUCCGCCUGGUUUGCUUCGACAAGACGGGAACCCUGACGGAGGAAGGUCUGGAUGUCUGGGGAGUGGUCCCACUGGAGAACAACCACUUCAUGCCCAUCGUCCACGAGCCCCGCUGCCUGCCCGCCGGUCCCUUGCUCUACUCUCUUGCCGCCUGUCACACCAUCACGCUGCUGCGGGCACAGCCCAUUGGGGACCCUGUGGACCUCAAGAUGGUGGAGUCCACUGGCUGGGAGAAGGGGCUGUUUCAAACCACCUAUGGGGUGGAUAGGGCUUGGUUCUUGCCAGGCAGGGCUUUGCCAUCUCAGCAUCUGCCUUGGUUCCAGCGCCUGGAGAUGAUGGAGGAGGAGGAAGGUGAGCUGCCCGCCUGCCAGCAGUUUGGGACAAAGGUCUUGGCUGUGAUGAAACCUCCGCCCGAGGAAGAACAGCCACGAGACAGGAAGCACCAGUCACCCCUGGGCAUCCUCCGGCGUUUCCCCUUCUCCUCCUCCUUGCAGAGGAUGAGUGUCCUGGUGAAGCUGCCCGGAGAAGCCUUGGCCCACGUCUACACCAAGGGCGCACCGGAGAUGGUGGCCAGUCUGUGCAGGAAGGAAACUGUCCCCGUGGAUUUCUCCCAGAUGCUGCGACACUACACCACCGAUGGUUUCCGAGUCUUGGCUCUGGCUUGCAAACCCCUGAGCACAGUGUCAACCUUCGAGCAGGCCCUGCAGCUCCCGAGGGACUCUGCGGAGAGCAGCCUGACCUUCCUGGGGUUCCUCGUCAUGAAAAAUGUCCUCAAGCCAGAGUCUGCACCUGUGAUUCACCUCCUGAGGAACGCCAACAUCCGCCCCGUCAUGGUGACAGGGGACAACAUGCUGACGGCUGUGAACGUGGCCAGGAGCUGCCGCAUGGUGGAAGCCAAAGAGGGGGUGAUCUUCAUCAGCGCCUCCCCCCCCGGCCACGACAAACCCGCCGCUCUGAAAUUCGUCCUUGCCGAGCACUCCCAGGGUGAGGAGCAGCUGGAGGGUUUGCAGCGGCGGGACGGCUGCUGCCUCCAGCCCCAGCCCUGCCACUUUGCGCUGAACGGCAAAUCCUUCGCUGUGGUUUGCGAGCAUUUCCCUGACCUGCUGCCAAAGAUCCUCAUCCGAGCCACCGUCUUCGCCCGCAUGUCGCCCGACCAGAAGACUCAGCUGGUUUGCAGCCUGCAAGAGCUCAACUACUGCGUGGGGAUGUGCGGGGAUGGCGCCAAUGACUGCGGGGCUCUGAAAGCCGCUGACGUGGGCAUCUCGCUGUCCGAGGCGGAGGCAUCGGUGGCUUCGCCGUUCACCUCCCGGGUGGCCAACAUCGAGUGUGUCCCCACCAUCAUCCGGGAGGGCAGGUGCUCGCUGGUCACCUCCUUUGGUGUCUUUAAGUACAUGGCGCUGUACAGCUUAGUGCAGUUUGUGUCCGUCCUGCUGCUCUACACGAUCAACACCAACCUGAGUGACUUCCAAUUCCUCUUCUUUGACCUGAUCAUCACCACCACCGUGGCGGUGCUGAUGGGUCGGACGGGUCCUGCCCAGGACCUGGGAGUGGAGCGUCCCCAAGGAGCCUUGAUCAGCGUGCUGGUGCUGGGCAGCCUGCUCCUGCAGACCACCCUGCUCAUCACCGUGCAAGUGCUCAGCUACUUCGUCACCGUCUCGCAGAGCUGGUUCGUCCCACUGAACAGCACGGUGACAGCUCCCCAAAACCUGCCCAACUACGAGAACACGGUCCUCUUCUGCAUCACGGGCUUCCAGUAUCUCAUCCUGGCUGUGGCCAUGUCCAAGGGGUACCCAUUCCGGGAGCCGCUCUACACCAAUGUGCUCUUCCUGGUGGUCCUCAUCCUCCUUUUUGGCCUCAUGGUGUGGUUGACCCUCUACCCAUUGGGCUUCCCCAAAACGCUGUUGAAGCUGCAGAGCAUUGACGACUUGAAUUUCAAGCUGCUGCUGCUGGGAAUCGCUGUUCUCAACUUCUUCGCUGCCUUCGUGCUGGAGACUGCCCUGGACCACGGUUUGCUCAGCUGCCUCCGCAAGCUGCGCCGAAAAAAAGCAUCCAAGAAGCUUUUCAAGAGGCUGGAGAAGGAGCUGAGCCAGCAGCAACCAUCCUGGCCACCUCUGAAUGAACCGCUUUUCGCCACCCCGAAGAUGUCGAUCGCCGUUAGAUAGCCCGUGUCGGGCUCCUCCCGGCCUGCCAGCCCUCGGAUGCUGUCGUUUAUUUAUUUAUCCCCAUAAAUCGAGGGAUGCGGUGGGCAGGACCCCACGGGGAGACCGGCGGUGUUGAAACUGUGAAGCCACACGUGCCGGUCCUGUGGCUGGAGAGGAGGAGAUGCUGGAGCAGCAAACUGUGGGAGAAGGUCCAGAAGAAGAGGAGAAAUGGUCCAGAAAAGAGGAGAAAUGGUCCAGUUCAGCUCUUCCUCCUCUCCUGCACCAGCCUCGGACCCAUCUCCCCAUGCUGGGAACUGGUACCAUUUCGUAAGGGUACACACAUUUUUCCUUUCCAUCUCCUGGCUGGUCAAAACCACCAUGAAGAGGCUCCUUGAUCUUCUCAUGAAGAGGGUGCUCGAUCUUGUCAUGGCGAGAGCAUCCACCCAGCCUCAUGUUUCUGCUCACUGUGAAAAAUAACCCCCCCACGGCUGCCCUAGAUGUGUAGGAACGGUUUACAACCCCCCCAUCCCCACCUUGCCAAGGAUGCUGCUCAAUCCCCACCACCCAGGGACCAGCCUCUCCGCUUGCGAUGCCCCUGCCGAGCAUGGGACCUUUGUAGCAUUAAAAAAACCCCCAAAACUGCAAAAACACAACCCCAAAUCUCUUUAUUUUUUAACUCUACUCCAGUGUCAAUGCAGUCUGGAAGAUGACAUACAGCUUUUCAGUUUCCAUAUGGUGCUGUCCUGAGCGUUGUCUAAUAAAUUAACGUUAUUUUCUUGA